AGUUUACGUUGUUUUCAGUGUGUAAAGAAAAAGGCAACUGUGAUUUGGCCAAGAUGUCUAAAGUCCAAAUGCUGAGAUCUGUAGUGAACCAGAGACUGACUGCUGCUGCUGAAGAGAUAUUUGAUCUGUUUGAAAGGACGAUAGCAGAGUACGAGGAGCAACUUCAUCGAUCCAAAGAGAAUCAACACAAAUUGCAGGAUGCUGUUUACAACCCUGAGGUCCGAUUACACAGAUCAGAGGUCCAGCAGGUGUCACUGGCUGGUAGAGAAGCCCCCAGUCUGAACCUGGAGGACCUUCCAGAACCAGCACUUAUUAAAGAGGAACAAGAGGAACUUUGGACUCAUAAGGAAGGACAGCAGCUUCAAGGAUCAAAGGGAGCUGAUAUCAUCAAGUUCACUUUCACUCCUGAUGCUGUAAAGAGUGAAGAAGAGGAUGGAGAGAAAUCGCAUUCUUCACAGUUGUAUGAACACCUCAGUGAAGAGAAGAGAGACAUGGAGCAUUUGAAACAAAACUCUAAUCUGGACUCAGUCACUCAUAGCGACACUUUGCACUCUGAAUCUGAGACUGAUGACAGUAGCUGUGACUGGGAGGAAACCAGUGAACCUCUGUUAAACAAAGAUGGACCUGUAGAUGAUCAGGAAUGUGAAACUGGAAACACAUCAGUAAGCUCUGGAUGUGGCACCAGCAUAAACCAAAAAGAACUUCUGCAAAAUCCCACUGGAUUACAGACAGGAUCGAAACCAUUUAGUUGCUCAUUCUGUGGCAAAAGAUACCCGCAGAAGAUUUCCUUAGCAAAGCACAUGAAACGUCACUCAGAGGGAACAUGUUUCAGCUGCUCAGUUUGUAAGAAAAGUUUCCCAUGGAGAGGAGAGCUUGUGCGGCACAUGAGAAUCCACACAGGAGAGAAACCCUUUAGCUGCUCUGCCUGUGGUAUAAGCUUCUCACAAAGGACACAUCUGACCUCACACCUACGAGUUCACACAGGAGAGAAACCAUUCACCUGCACAGUUUGUAAGAUGAGUUUCAGCAUCAGAAAAAAUCUGGGCAUUCACAUGAGAACCCAUACUGGGCAGAAACCCUUUAGCUGCUCGGUUUGCAGUCAACUAUUUGCACGACGUGAAGGUCUGACACGUCACUCGAUCGUCCACACAGGAGAGAAAGCGUUCAAUUGUUCGUUCUGUGGUAAAAGAUUUGCACACCUUGUUACUCUGAAACGCCACCUGACUGUCCACACGGGAGAGAAAGCAUUUCAAUGCAAUGUUUGUGAAAAGAGAUUUGCUCGGCUACAGUAUCUCAAAAAGCACAAGUGUAUCGUGGGAAGCAUGAACAAAUGAUGCUGCAGAACAUCUUGGGGUCUUGUUCACCAGUAUGGGUUAAAGGGAGCAUGAGUUUGACAUGCAGAUUGGCGCAGUUCUGCAGGUGUUGUGCUGCAUCGUUGUGGUUAGGGAACUGAGCCGAGAGGCAAAGCUCUCAAUUUACUGGUCAGUCUACCUCCCAAACCUCACCUAUGGUCAUGAACUCUGGGUUAUGACUGAAAGAAUGAGAUUGUGGACACAAGUGGCCAAAUGAGUUUCCGGCAGAGGGUGGCAUGGCUCCACCUUAGAGAUAGGGUAAGGGGUUCAGACAUCUGGAGGAGGUGAGGAGUAGAGCUGCUGCUCCUUUGAAUCAAAAGGAGCCAGUUGAGGUAGUUCGGGCAUCUGAUUCAGGGUGCCUCCUGGUUGCUUCCCCAUGGAGGUAUUUCGGGCAGGUCCAGCUGAGACCUCAGGGAAUACCCAGACAUUUCCCGUCUGGUCUGGGAACACCUUGGGAUCCCCCAGCAGGAUUUGGAAAGUGUCGCUGGGGAAAGGGAUGUGUGGGUGGGCUUGCUUAACCUGCGACCUGGCCCAGGAUAAGCAGAUGAAGAUGGAUGGAGAAUUAAAUAGACUGGGAUAAAAUCUGUCUCUUCAAAGCUCAGCCUACACAAACUUGAAGGAAGAAGCUCUUAUUUGCAUCUUAUCUUUGCAGCUAAUAUGAAGCUACACCGGGGCCUGUGUGUGUCAACAACUGUUGUUUUUAUUUUUUUUUCUUCUUACAGCAUUCACAACCUUAGUUUCAGAGCACAUCUAUGUUUAUUGUUCCUAGGUUUAACAGUUGACUUGCUUUCC